AUGUCGACGAAUGAUGCCGGUCCUUCUUUUAGCACUCUACCAGUUGAACUACUCUAUCAAAUUUUUGAUUAUCUCGAUGCACCAACGAUUUUUCUGUCCGUCCGAAGUACAUGCAGCCGACUGAAAGCAAUCGUUAACACAUACGAUCGAUUUAAUUUAAAUCUAAGUUCGAUCUCAAAGCCAGACUUUCACAUCAUCUGUAGUAGUAUUCAUCCCUCAAAUAUAAUCUUACUUACACUAUCCGAUGACAGCCAUACACCAGAUCAAAUUGAAUUGUUCUUGUCGUUGUUUUGUAUUCGACAGUUCAAUCAACUUCGUUCGUUAACGCUUUGUGCAAUCGAAGAAGAUCACCUCAAUAAUUUUCUACAACAUAUCAAUACUAUUUCAUUAAUUGCACUGUCGUUUAACGUCACAAAGUAUAGUCAUCGCAAAACAAAGAGAACAGCAGCUCUUAUAUCGUCAGUUCUAAUGCAACUAAGUCUUCGAAAACUUCAUUUAGGCAUUGAAUACAAUCGAAUAAGAACAGUCAAUUGGCCGGUGCAAUGCACAGUUCAAUAUCUUAGAAUGGUCAAAUCAAUAGAAUUCAAUGAAUUCUGCUCUAUUCUUCAUCAAUUAUCUCACUUGCGGACACUCGUACUGGGUAAUGUUAUAUCUAUCGAACUUUCUAGUUUAACGCCUUGCCGACAAAUAAUCUCAUUGACUUUCGAAGAUUACUCUAUGGAAAUGUAUCAACUCGCAUUAAUAUUGUCAUUAACACCUUCACUUAUUCAUCUAAAGCUGAUUGGUAACAACAAUUCCUUUCAAGGAAAUCAAUGCGAACAGCUUAUUCAGGAAAAUCUACCUCUUUUGAACAAAUUCGAAUUUUUUCUCUGGCAACAAAAUCUUACUUCGAGAAAUCGAGAUAUUAUUGAAGAAAUAAUUGAACAGUUUAGAACACCUUUCUGGCUGGAAUACAAACGUUGGUUUAUUACUUGUGAGUAUAGUGUUGAAAACUCAAGUGAAAUUCGACUAUAUUCAAUACCAGUCUGCUGCUCGUAUUUCAACUACGAACCCGAAGCGAUAAAAGUAUCCUGUUCAAACUUACCACUAAUAGUUAGCGAUGGUAUAUCAACGAUGGAUAAUGUAAAAAACGUUUUUGUAAAUACCCGAAAAGCUACGACUGCUGCAAGCAAGUUACAGGUAGGAUAG